UCAUUUCUAUUGGAUUGAUAAUGAAAAAAAUGUCUCAAUUUAUAAAUGUCUGUGUUUUUUAAACAUUUCAUUCUAGGGUGGGCAGACGAAACCCAGUACACAUUUGAAUAGUGGAACGAUGGUGAAUCUUGUGCAGGGUCAACUUAAGGAAAUAUCAAUUGUCUGAGACGUGGAGUGGGAAUAAGCCAUUUAAUGUGCAGGAUUGACCAUUGUGUUGAAGAAAGUUAUAGCAGAAAAGGCUUCAAUGGUAUCAUGAAGAACACAUUUAGGAAGAGAUGGUAUCUGCACAAGAUGCAUGUGUUAUUAAGCUCAAUUUGGUUGAAACAUUCACCUUAAACCUCCAGAAUUACCAGGAACUUUGUCCCGAAAGUAGGGCUUGGUGUGAGAGGCUGGCAGUUUCCCGAAAAAUCAUAAAUAACGCGUCCUUGAAAGUUGGUAGCUGGGAUAACCAAAAAGCAGAAAAAAGAAAAUUGAAAAUUGGCUUGAAGCUGAAUCUCAGACACGACGCAAAGAAUUUGAAUAUUCCAGUCAGCAAUACCAGGGUCGAUGUGUUGAGUUCAAAAGAACCAGAUUUAAUUGAGCCAGAGGACGAAAAAAUCGACGUUGAACGGGGAUACGAAACGUCGCUCGAGUGUCGUGACACUGCCGCAUUUCCAAAGCCUACAGUCCAGUGGUUCAUGAGGACUGAAAACAAACCAGUGGAAGAAAUCUCUAAUGACGGACGGACCAAAUAUCACGACAUAAACACAACUGAAGAUGGACGUAGCAGCGUCCUCGUCAUUUACUACGCCAGUGCCGACGCGACGUACAUAUGCAGAUUCAGUAAUUGGAAAGGAUCGAAAGAAAAGUAUUUUCACGUUACUGUGCACGGCCUGAGCGGAGGAAUUAUCGCUGCAAUCGUCAUCGUUGUGGCCAUCAUUAUUGCUGCCAUCAUCGCAGUUGUCUUUUUCAUCAAAAGCUCCUACAAACAAAAGCAAAUCUAUCAGGAAUUGAUAAACAAUCGUUUGAAGUUGCUCGAAGGCAACUUGGAAAGGAUUAAUCCUAAUUCGCCCCUGGAGGAGCAAUUGGAUCUUUUACCUUACGACAAUAAAUACGAAUUUCCUGCUAAUCAUCUCGUCCUUGGGAGGCAAUUAGGUGCUGGCCAAUUCGGUCGGGUAGUACAAGCCAAAGCUGUCGGCAUGGGUCCAGGCAAUACCAACGUGGCUGUAAAAAUGGUCAAAUGCCAACUGGACAAUACGGGGCUGACGUCGCUGGCAUCGGAGCUCAAAAUUCUCAUCCACCUGGGCUUUCACAUGAACGUUGUGAGUCUCCUGGGAGCCUGUACCAAAAAUCUGAUCAAAGGCGAGCUGAUGGUCAUAGUGGAAUUUUGCGCCUAUGGCAAUUUGCAAGAUUUUUUGAUGACCAAUCGACGCCAUUUUGUGAACGAAUUGGAUGAACAUGACAAUCCUUCACCUCACUGUCAACGGAAAGCUGGGUCCCAGUUUGUCCCCCAAUUGGUCCAAAGUAUUCACAACAUGAACUUGGGAGUACCGGGCGAGAAUACUGCCAACGCGACUCCAACCGAACAAACUGGUAGUGAUGACAAUGCAGAUUGUAAGCCUCGCUAUUGGUUGCCCAGUAGCAAGAAAAAGGAAGCAUCUCGCAGCCCGGUCGUGUGCACUCACGACUUGAUGGAAUGGUCGUAUCAGAUCGCUUGUGGAAUGAAUUAUCUGACCAAACGAAAGGUGCUGCAUGGCGAUUUGGCGGCUCGUAAUAUUCUCCUGGCCGAUGACAACGUGGUGAAAAUUGCCGAUUUCGGGUUAUCCCGUCAAGUCUAUAAGAAUUGCAACUACCAGAAACAAGGGCAGGAGGCUCUUCCGGUUAAGUGGAUGGCCAUUGAAUCGUUGAUCGAUCGAGUCUUUUCUUCCCAGUCUGACGUCUGGUCUUUCGGUGUUACAAUCUGGGAGUUGUUUUCCCUCAGUAAACAACCUUAUCCAGAGGUGAAUGAAUUGGCAGAUUUGAUUCGUUACUUGCAACGUGGCGAUCGGAUGGAAACACCGGAAUUAGCACCUGGAGCCAUUGGUGACAUCAUGGCGGAUUGCUGGAAGCACAAUCCGGAGGAAAGAGCUACGUUUAGCCAAUUAGAGCGGAUGCUGGGCCAAAUGGUUGACCCUAUCAUCCGCCAACGUUUUGCCGGUGCGGAUGGGGUCGAAGAAACAAACAAUUACCUGCAAAUGAAUACGGAAAUUGAUCCCACUUCGAUGUCAGAGACGAUGCCUGACUAUUUGAAGAUGACGAGUACUGAGGGUCAGGCGACUACGGCCAUUUCGCCUCCACGAAGCCAUCCCCAUAAAUUGUAUCCGCAACUGAGCGUGACGAAUUACAUAAACACGAGCACAGAAAUCAACACACCUCCGCAAACGCCAUUGGGCAAUAAGCAUUCGAAUACCUUAGGAGGUGGGCAUCCGCCAUUGUCUCCAACAGAAAGUCUUGCAGACAGCAAUUACCUGGCCAUGUUACCAACUGCACACGCCUGAAUUUCAUUCACUUUGUCACCUCAAUUUUUGCCAUCGCCGUUUCUUUUGAGGAUUGAAAUUCGUGCUGGAAAUUCAGCAUAAUGAAAUUAUGUCUUGAUCUUGUAUUCCCUUUUUUCUCCUGUUUCCUGGUAAACAAUUCUUCUCAGUACAAAACUCUAUUGUACUGCCAUGGGUUUAUCCAAUGCAACGCUGUUGUUACUGUCGGUAUAAAAAAGCCUAAUGCCAAAGCAAAGUAAAAUCUUAAUUGACCAAACUA